CACCAUCUCUUCUAAUUCUUCAUCUUAUUAUUUUUUAUGUUAAAGCAAACAUGAGCAAGCACUUGAACGAACUUGGAGAUGGAGCGCCGCUUGAACGAACUUGGAGAUGGAGCGCCGCUUGAACGAACUUGGAGAUGGAGCGCCGCUUGAACGAACUUGGAGAUGGAGCGCCGCUUGAACGAACUUGGAGAUGGGAUGGAGCGCCGCUUGAACGAACUUGGAGAUGGGAUGGAGCGCCGCUUGAACGAACUUGGAGAUGGGAUGGAGCGCCGCUUGAACGAACUUGGAGAUGGGAUGGAGCCUCGCUUGAGCGAACUUGGAGAUGGGAUGGAGCCUCGCUUGAGCGAACUUGGAGAUGGGAUGGAGCCUCGCUUGAGCGAACUUGGAGAUGGGAUGGAGCCUCGCUUGAGCGAACUUGGAGAUGGGAUGGAGCCUCGCUUGAACGAACUUGGAGAUGGGAUGGAGCCUCGCUUGAGCGAACUUGGAGAUGGGAUGGAGCCUCGCUUGAGCGAACUUGGAGAUGGGAUGGAGCCUCGCUUGAACGAACUUGGAGAUGGGAUGGAGCCUCGACUAUACCACCACAUUGAAGAUGAAGAUGAUGAUGAUCCUUUUGACUGCAACACAUCGGAGAGGAGUAGAGUUUGUUGGUCAACAUUUUGGAGAGGAAGCGAAGCUGUAACUAAGGGUGUAAAUGGGUUGGGUUGGAUUGGGUUGAGAGACAUUCUCAACUCAACCCAUAUUUUCGGGUUGGUCGGGUUAAUAUACAUAAUUAUUGUUGACUUCUACAAUGUUGACAGCAUGACAUGCAGUGACUUCCAAUACUACUUCUAG